GUUUCACGGUGAGGGGUAUCAGGAGGGGUAUGCUGAAGGCAGUCACGUUGGAGUUGUUGAGGGAAGGAGGUACGGAUCCCUCCAUGGUGCCAAGAUUGGGUCUGAGAUUGGCUGCUACCUUGGGUUUGCACUGACGUGGCAGUGUCUGCUCCAGAAAUGCACGGAUGAAAAGAACAGCAAAAAGAUAAGGGCUUUGGAUUCAUUAAUAGGGAUGAUUCAGAAAUUCCCAUAUGAAGACCCCACUUACGAUAAGCUACAAGAAGAUCUGGGAAAAAUCAGAGGAAAAUUUAAACAGGUUUGUUCAAUGCUAAAUAUUCAGUCUGAUUUUAGAAUCGGUACUGAAAGAUCUUCACUAACAUUUUGAAUAUAACAGAUGAAGAUAAACAUGGAUGACCAAAGAAGAAACAUUAAGAGAACAGAUAACUGGAAAA